GUACGAGUACUACUGGAUAUAGACGCUACACGUUUAGGAGAAUACAAAGAAUUGAGAAGCCAUACAUUUCAUCGGAUUGUCUUCAACUUUCCUCAUGUUGGAGGAAAAACAAAAAUUCACUUGAAUCGAGAAUUGUUAUGCAACUUUUUUAAAAGUUGUACUCCUUUGUUGGCUCUGGGGGGAAUUGUAAUUGUGUCAUUAUGUCGUGGUCAAGGUGGGUCAAAUCGUGAGACAGCUUGUCGACAAUAUGCUGACACAUGGAAAGUUGUGGAAAUGGCUGCUCAUGGAGGGCUUGUUCUCAAUGCUGUUGAGCCAUGGGUACAGAAUUCACCUUUAGGGAAUUAUUCUUGCGUAGGACGUCGCAGUCGUGAUUCCUCUUUUAAAAGAGAAGGUGCACUGGUACAUGUAUUUUGCAUAGCACCUGUCCCCUUUGAGUUUGUUAAAAAGAGUUCAAAUGUAAUGAAUAUUCAGCAAAUAGUAUUGCCCGAAGGAACUGUUAACUGUUCUCACCUUCAAAGUAACCUUUUGAAGAAAAGUUUAGUUUUUGACAAUUCUUCAACACUUUAUUAUCUUUUGCAAAGCCUUGUGAUGUAUAGUAAUAAAACCUACCAUACUAAGACAUGUCAAGUGUCACCAGUAAUGAGCAAUGGUGAAUUGCGUCAUUUUGAAGAUAUAGGUUCUUUGAUUGAGGAAUUAAAACAAGAACAGUAUUGGGGAAAUUACCAUAUACAGCUCUUUUGGGGAACUGCUUUUGUAAAUGUAGGAAGGGAUUUCACAUCAGCACCUGCAUCAUGUUAUGUAGUACUGUUGGGAUCAAAGUCACUUUCUCUUUGUCAGGAAUGGUUGACUGAAAUACAUUGUUCCUCUGAGAUAUUUUUAAAUGUUGUGAAAGAAGUAGACCCAAAUACAUGUUUACUCUACUUGGAUGAGUUGGCAUUGAAUCUGUUUCGCCUGUCAGGUUGGCAUGAGCUAUGGGCCUUGGGGGCUAAAGUUGUAAUUGAUGAAAAAGGUUUGCUUUCAUGGAAACCUGUAAGCAUUUCUCCUCCUUCUUUUACAUUUGACUUAAGUGUGGCUCACCAGCUAGAGCCACCUGACAUUGAAUUAAUAUGCCAAGUGUUGUGGCAAUUAGUUGGAGAAAUUGUACAUUGUGUUGAAGUUGUGGAUAACUACAAAUCACCAGAAGGUUGGUUCAGCAAGUGCCUGAGAGUGACCUACUGUUCAUACGAAAUUGCUUUACACAGGUCUUUGGUUGUAAAAUUACAACAAGAAGUGAUAGGUCCUGCAUUAGAACAACACCUGGGGAUGACAAUGUUGCUGUUACAUAGAUCAUUAUUUUGCAGACCAGUGACAGAAGUACUUUUCACACAAUUUUCAAGACUGCUCAAUACAUCUGAAAUUCCAGCAGUAUUGCGGGAUAGAAAGAGUAAAUCACAACGCAAAGAUACGUUGAAGAGGUUUGUUGAUAGUAUUAGAGUUCGGGCAAUGGGGGGCAACGGUGGAGAUGGCUGUGUCUCCUUUAUGAAAUUGUGGUGCAAUCCUAAUGCUGGUCCUGAUGGUGGUGAUGGAGGGAAUGGUGGCCACAUACUCCUUCAAGCAAGUGCAGAGGUGUCUGAUCUGCAUCAUGUUAAAACUAUUUUGAAAGCAGACGAUGGUGAAAAAGGUUACAAUGACCACUGCCACGGGCACAGUGCAUCACACACUGUGAUCAAGGUUCCUCUUGGAACAGUAGUGAAAAAUAGCUCUGGAAUAAUAGUUGGGGAUCUCCUUGAAGAAGGUGCAAUGUUUGUUGCUGCACGUGGUGGUGCUGGGGGAAAAGGGAACCAUUUCUUUGCUUCUGACACCAAUCAAACUCCUCAAGUUGCUGAGUAUGGAGCCAAUGGAGAAGAUAACAUUUAUUACCUGGAAUUGGCAAAGAUAGCUCAUGUGGGACUGAUAGGCUAUCCUAAUGCUGGCAAAAGUACAUUACUACAAGCUAUUUCUCGAGCACGGCCAAAAGUAGCUCCCUAUCCUUUUACUACUCUACACCCUCAUCUUGGAAUUGUGAAUUAUGAAGACCAUGAGCAAAUCGCAGUUGCUGAUUUGCCUGGCCUUAUUCCCAAUUCUCAUUGCAAUAAAGGAUUAGGAAUAGCUUUCCUCAAACAUGCCGAAAGAUGUCCUAUAUUGCUGUUUCUCCUAGAUGCAUCCGAAGAUGACCCAUGGGAAGCUUUGAACAUCCUACGUGAUGAAAUGAGGCAUUUUAGUGUCAGUAUGUUGUCAAGACCACAUCUUGUGGUUGCUAACAAAAUGGAUUUGCCUUCUGCCCAGAAGAAUUUUCCUCUUAUGAAAUUAAACAUCAAUGAACCUAUCAUUCCCAUAUCAGCAAAGAGUGGCACUAAUUUACACAUUUUACUUAGUAAGAUUCGUGAAAUGUAUGAUGUAAAUAAAAGGAAAUUUGUGGAAAAGGAAGAUCAAAUUUCUUGA